AAGGCUUUUUUAGGGUUUUCAAUCUCUCGCUUCUGAACUUUCUCUGAUAAUCGCGGUAACCACCGCUCUGCUAUUGCACCCGCGGCGGCGGGGACCCGGAGACCACCGCGUUGAACGUGCAGCAUACUUUCAUGGCGUCUCCGGAGGCUCCCCAAUGCUACGCCGGGGUCGCUCGGCAGUCCGCCGCCUUCCGGCUCAUGAAGCAGAUGGGAUGGGAAGAAGGUGAAGGUCUUGGCAAAGAGAAACAGGGAAUCAGAGGACAUGUUAGAGUUAAAAACAAACAAGACACAAAAGGCAUUGGUGUAGACAAUCCUGCUAAUAACUGGGUUCUUGAUACCUCUCAAUUUGAUAACAUUCUCAAAAGAUUGAAAGUGCAAGUAGCAGAUCCUGAUGAAAAAGAAUUUGUGGAGACAGAAAAUGUUAAAGAAGAUCCUGAAAUUAUUGCUGUGAAUGACAGCUCAGCUGCCAAAGUAACUCGUCCACAAGGAAGGUAUAAGAGAAGAGAAAUAGGGAAAUCUGUAAAUUCUUACUCUGCGAAAGAUCUCCAAGGAAUCCUUGGGAAUAAGGUUGAAGAGGAUUUGCAGUCAGAAUGUGAUGCAGAUGAUGAAACAACAUCAAUAGAAAUAUCAGAUGCUCAUGCCUGCCAUGAAGAUGGUAUCAAAGACAACGAGGCUUCUGACUUAUGGUGGUGCAAAUACGGAUUUGUCUCAGGAGGUUUUCUUGGGGUACAGUCUCGUAAGAAAAAAUCCAACAAACCAAAAGAAUCUGAAGGUCUUGCAUUUGAUAAGAGAGGUGCAUUUGAUGAAGAUGAUCAAGAAAGGCUUUAUAAACUUGUUCAGGAUAAAGCUACAACUGGUAAGCAGGGUCUUGGAAUUAGCACUCAACCCAAAAAGAUUGCUGGCAGCCAUUGGAAGGGGAAAAAGACAUCCUUUGAUGAUAGUGAUGGUGAACAGUCUGAAAUUUCUACUGAUUCUGGUGGUUCUUUGAAACGGAAAAGGAAUGAAAGCUCAGUGGUUGAAGUCAAUGUUGAAACAAAACCAAAGCUCAAAAGAUUAUGCAAGCAUCUUCUUCUUCAGGUUCCUACUCAAUCUCUAAGGUUGAAGCAACUUAAAGUAUUAAUUGACGAACAUUCAUCCUCUGUCUUCUCUGGCUUUUCUUCCAAGCGCGAUUCUCUUUCAUACUUGAAGCAAAAGUUAGAAGGCAGCAAAAACUUUAAUGUUGAGGGCAAGAGAGUAAGUUUAUGCAAGAAAAAGGCUUAAGAGAGCCGAAAAUUUUGUUAGAAUUAGUAGGAUAUAAACUUCACACAAUGAGCUCUCAAUUCUUGU